AUGACUUCGAUAGUCGCAGCGAUCCAGAUAUCGGGAGCAGUUGCGGGUUCCCGACCGAUGGUCGCUCAGACAUCAUUCGUUGCCAGUGUUGGAAGGAAUUACGGCACUGUCCUUGAAAUUACGUAUCUCAGCCACGCCGUUAUCUAUGCCUUCUCGGACGAGGUCCCGGAUUCUCCUCGUGUGCCCUCUGGCGCUUGCGGGCUCGCCCUCAAAGUAUACGGAUCGCGCCGCCAGAAGCUCGUUGUCCAAGGUCGCCAAUUGCCGAUACCGAGUGCACGGAACAUUUGCUGGACCCUUGCUGCUGUUCCUGCAUUUCAGCCACCAAUCACUUUGUUGAACCUUCCUGUCUAA